CUCCACGCAGCUGUUGUGUGAACUGUGUGGUGUAUGUUGGGGAUGCGGCGAGCGGUUUGAGGGGUUGGUUAUUACUUUCUUGCUCCGUGCAUAGUCAGGGAUUUUGCAAAUUGUGCUCGGACCAACGAGCCGCCUUCUUCAGGUUGCGUUUGGUGAAGCCGGGCCUCAGUUUACUUUGUGAUACCUGCAUAGUACGCUUCAAUCAGUUAAGAUGGUGUUAGCAGAUUUGGGAAGAAAAAUCACGACGGCCUUGCGUUCCCUCGGGAAUGCAACUGUCAUCAAUGAAGAGGUGCUGAACUCUAUGCUGAAGGAUGUGUGCAUGGCUCUCCUGGAGAGUGAUGUCAACAUCCGCCUGGUGAAGAAGCUGCGGGAGAACGUGAGGUCCGUCAUCGACUUCGACGAUAUGGGCUCCGGACUGAACAAGCGGCGCAUGAUCCAGACAGCUGUGUUCAAGGAGCUUAUCAAGCUGGUGGACCCGGGCGUGAAGCCUUACCAGCCUGCCAAGGGCAAGCAGAACGUCAUCAUGUUCGUUGGCCUGCAAGGCUCCGGAAAGACGACCACCUGCACCAAGAUGGCCUACCACUACAUGAAGAAAGGCUGGCGCACAUGCCUCGUGUGCGCUGAUACGUUCCGAGCCGGCGCCUACGAUCAGCUGAAGCAGAACGCCACCAAGGCGCGCAUCCCCUUCUACGGCAGCUACACGGAGGUGGACCCGGUGGUGAUCGCCCAGUACGGCGUGGACAAGUUCAAGGCGGACAACUUCGAGAUCAUCAUCGUCGACACGUCCGGCCGGCACAAGCAGGAGGACUCGCUGUUCGAGGAGAUGCUGCAGGUCUCCAACGCCGUGAGUCCCGACAAUGUGGUGUUCGUCAUGGACGCGGCCAUCGGCCAGGCCUGCGAGCCGCAGGCGCGCGCCUUCAAGGAAAAGGUGGACGUCGGAUCGGUCAUCGUCACCAAGCUGGACGGCCACGCCAAGGGCGGUGGCGCCCUGUCGGCCGUGGCGGCCACGUCGUCGCCCAUCAUCUUCAUCGGCACGGGUGAGCACAUCGACGACUUUGAACCGUUCCGCGUCAAGCCGUUCGUCUCCAAGCUGCUGGGCAUGGGCGACAUCGAGGGCCUGAUCGAGACCGUGCAGGACCUCGGCCUCGAGGACAACGAGGAGCUCAUCAAGAAGCUGAAGCACGGCGAGUUCACGCUCCGUGACAUGUACGAGCAGUUCCAGAACAUCAUGAAGAUGGGGCCCUUCUCGCAGAUCAUGGGCAUGAUCCCGGGCUUCGGCCAGGACUUCCUGUCGAAGGGCGGCGAGCAGGAGUCGACGGCCCGCCUGAAGCGACUCAUGACGCUCAUGGACAGCAUGAGUGACGGCGAGCUGGACAGCCAGCUGGGCGCCAAGCUGUUCACCAAGCAGCCGAGUCGGAUCACACGCGUCGCCAACGGCGCUGGCGUGACCGAGCGCGAGGUGCGUGACCUGCUCAAUCAACACACCAAAUUUGCCCAGGUGGUCAAGAAGAUGGGCGGCAUCAAGGGUCUGUUCAAAGGUGGCGACAUGUCGCGCAACGUCAACCAGAACCAGAUGGCGAAGCUGAACCAGCAGAUGGCGCGCAUGAUGGACCCGCGCGUGCUGCAGCAGAUGGGCGGCAUGAACGGCAUCCAGAACAUGAUGCGCCAGCUGCAGCAGGGCCAGGGCACGCUGAGCCAGUUCGUCGGCAAACAGUGAUAGCCGGGCGGCGGCGGAGGCUGCCGGCGCGCGGCACGGGUGACACG